UUCACUUCACUAGGGAUUAUUACGGCGAAAGUUGGAAAACUCUCCAUGUUGGCAACACUUCUAGUUGAAAUCAGGUGAAAUUCACCUUUCUCUGUGUAAAUUGUUGCAAAGAGAGAAAAACCCAAAGGGGGGAGAAGGGAAAUAUUCGGUCCUGAAUUGAACCAGUGAAGGGAAAAACCCUAAAUUAAGUGUUAGGUAAUCAUGUCUGAGAGGUUGAACAUAGAUGCUCCCCUUUGGGAUUUAAAUACAUUUGUUGGUAGAUUCAAGCAUUUUCUCUGGGUGACUGAUCCAAGAACCUGUAUAGUAAGUGAAAAAACUCUUGAUGAUGCCAAGAUCCUAGUUGAGCAAUAUCGUAAUGGAUUGGAACCUCCAGGUACAUCAACUGAACAAGUGAUAUAUGCCAAGAAAUUAUACGAAAGUGCUUUUCACCCUGAUAGUGGUGAAAAACAAAAUGUAUUUGGUAGAAUGUCUUUUCAAGUGCCUGGUGGUAUGGCCAUCACAGGAGCUAUGCUCCAGUUUUACAGGACUUCAACAGCUAUUGUAUUUUGGCAGUGGGUAAAUCAGUCUUUUAAUGCCUUGGUUAACUACACCAAUAGAAAUGCAAAAUCCCCAAUAUCUACAAAUCAGCUUGUUAUUGCAUAUGUUUCUGCAACUUCUAGUGCAAUGCUUACUGCUGUGGGUUACAAAGCUUUCCUGGCAAAGAGAGCUAGUCCCUUUUUCCAACGUUACGUCCCAUUUGCUGCAGUGGCUGCAGCAAACUGUGUCAAUAUACCUCUCAUGAGACAAACUGAGAUCUUGAAUGGAGUUGAUUGCACAGAUGAAGAUGGAAAUAUUAUAGGACAGUCUAGAUUGGCGGCUGUCAAAGGUAUUUCUCAAGUGGUUAUAUCUCGAAUUAUAAUGUGUGCUCCAGGUAUGUUGGUACUGCCUGUCAUAAUGGAAAAGAUUGAGCCAUAUCCAUGGAUGCAGAGAAUCAAAUUUUUACAUGCCCCUAUACAAGUUAUGGGUGUUGGUUGCUUCUUAUCAUUUAUGGUACCAGUUGCUUGUUCUCUGUUCCCUCAACGAUGUUCCCUGAGUACAUCCCUAAUGGCCAAAUUAGAACCUGAAGAAUAUGAAAAAAUGAAAAAUAACUGCAAUGGAAAGGUUCCAGCUAAAGUCUAUUUCAACAAAGGGCUGUAAGAUGGUUAGAAAGUAGCUUGAAACUUAGCAAGCAAGCAUAUAGAUGAUUUGACUCGAAUUAGACAUGAUUUAAUGAUCGAUACACUUCAGUAUGUGUCUGGGAGUGUCGAUUUAAUAGAAACGAAAAUUGCACUCUCGCAAUCAAAUAAUUUUUUAUAGAUGCCAGAUAAUCUUUAUGAAAGUUGGUAAAAAUUUUCACUCAAGAAUCUGGUUUGAAACAUUACUGGUGUGUUCUGAUUAUUUCAACUUUUUCGAAUUCAGACUACAGUUUCUGGUAAAUUAAAAUAAUUUUCAUUGGAAAAUAUUGAAUCAAGAUCUUAGUCAAUUAAUCUCAUAGUAGAAAAAUACGUUUUCCAAACUGCCUCAUUCGUUGUCCUGUGAUUAUGUCUCGAUUUAAAUGAAUAAUUUUUUAUUUUUUAUCUUCUAUUCUUACAUCGUUUUAUUUUUGAGAUGUAUAUGACAAUAACCGUGUCCUUUUAUUUUAAAAGAUUUGUUAAGUUCUUUUUGUUUUUUCUCUUAUUUAUAUGUUGCUAUUUAAUUGUUGUUUGUUCAAAUAAUGAUUCAACUAAAUUAUGAUAUACUGAAGGAGAAAACUUCCUUAAAAUUCAAUUGUCUGAGUUCAUAAUGUAUAAUCUAUAAAGUAGUCUCUCUUAGAUUUAGUGCUUAAUUCGCAAAGCAAUACUAUGUUGACUAAUUCAUUCUCUAUAGCUCAAUUUUGAAUUACAAGCACAACAUUGUUGAGUAUCAUAUUUUUAAUUUUCCAAGUCGACCUGAAAAAUUAUUCUACCUCUGUUCCAUAUCGAAGAGCUAAGUGUCCAAGACCAUUUUGGUUUAACCACAGCUCUUCUCUAAAAUUUAGUUGUGAAUAACAAAUGCAAUAAUUUAUUUCUUAUUGUUGAAUGUAUAAAUGCUAUAAAUGUUAAUAAAAUAUUUAAAAGA